AGAAAGGGGAAAUCCUCUGACCUCCUCCUAUUCCAGGAAGUCGCAAGACUGUUAUCUACGUCCCAUCAGGAAAUCUGUUGCUUUUAGAAUUAAAAUAAGAGGCUGUGUCGAAUUGUUUUGUUUUGUUUUGUUUUUUAAAUAUACUUAGCACAGUAGCUAGGUCGCGCUUUAAUGAUGUAUCUACCGGAGACCAUGAAACACGUCGUCACGUGACGGUACAGUGUCGUCAUAAUGCGUGUGGAUGGAGCGAAGCACGCGCUGGAUUUACCGUUAGGGUGACCAUGGGACACACGGAGGAGGGAUGUUUACUGAACUUUUGGAUGUUCUCACACAGGCCGUAAGAUUUUGAAAUUGUGAGGUCAGGGCUCUCUGGUGUCCCACUCCAAAUACAAUGUUCCCCUUGAGGACACUGCUUAUUGCAGCACUGCCUCUGCUGGUCCUGAGCUCCAACCCUGAGCAGUGCUCUUCUCAAACCUCUACUCAUCACAAUUCUCCUAUGCUGGCAUCGCUGCAGUGCUAUAAUGACUUCACCACUCAGAUACGCUGCACCUGGGAGGUAGAGUCACACACAGACUUCCUCGUGCCAAUCAGCGAUGGAGAACCGUGUAUCCCUGAUGAUCACAGUAAGAUGCAGUUUAGUGGAAAUCGCACCCGGAGUUGUGUCUAUAAUACCGAAGUGUUUAGCAUGGGCAGUCAUGUCUUCUUCUUCAACACAUCCUGUCCUUCUAAAGUGACAACUUUUAAUAUAGCUGCACAAGGCAAGGUCCUGCCCCCAACUAAAUUCUCCGAGAAAAAAGUGAAUGGGAGCAACCGACUACUGAGCUGGAGCAGCCCGUAUCCUCCCUCAUCCCCUCUCACACUAAACCUUACCUACCAGCUCAAGUACAGAAGACAUGAGCAUGAGUGGAUUGUGAUAGAUGAUAUCACUAUCACAGAGUUUGAGAUCGAGAGUCAGAACCUCUUGCCAGGCUACUCAUAUGAGGCCAGGGUGCGAGCCCGGGGUCCUGUAGGCCUGUGGAGCAGCUGGAGCCCCAAAGUGGUCUGGAUGACUGAAGAAGAAGGUGUCAUUAACCUGCAGUGUGUAAUUAAGGAAGGAGGGGUGAUGUGUAGUUGGCAGGUGAAGAAAAGGCAGGCCGAGUUACUCUCGUAUCACCUGUGUGGCCACACCAAUGGAACAAGCGUGAAAUGUAACCACUGUAGCAGUCACACUGAGCGUCCUCACUCUGGAACCUUUCUAAAUUUUACAUGUUCAUUGAAUAGCUCUGAACCUGAGCUGCUGACCAUGGAGAUCAGAAGUGUACGAAACGCCAAAGAAUUUAGUAACCCUGACAACAUUCAGCCCCCACGUCCAUCCCAACUUCGGGCGCAUAGGGAGGAUGGUGUUUGGAAGCUGAGCUGGGCCCGACCUAGUGUUAAUGAUAAACUCACACUCUUCUAUGAGGUGUACCUCGAAAGCAAUGACACAAAGAAUAAGGUGGAAUUCAAUCUCUCUGAGGCAGAUCUCAGUUCAAAUGUUCCCACCUCCCACCUGUUGUCCUCUACAAGAUACAUGGCUAGGGUGAGAGCACAUCCUGGCCGUGACUAUGCUGGACGACCCUCUGACUGGUCUGAUCCCACGUACUUCACCACUGAUCCAGCUCCCUGGAUCAACACCAUAAUUUACCUCUUGAUAGCUACGUUAGUGGCCGUGCUUUUCAUCAUCUUGUAUAAUGCCCUUCCAGCCUGCCACAGGAGAGUGGUACUGUGGAAUGUAUCCAUUCCCUCUCCCAUUAACAGCAAAGUCCUGGGGGACAUGAGCAGUAAGAAAUUUCUUGCUGGUGAGGCCAAUCCAUACACUAGCAAUGAGAAAACCUGCGUGUUCAUCAUACAGACCUCAGAUAACCCUAUCAUCUGUAAGGGCAGUAUCUCUGAGUACCCGCUCCUGACAUGCAGCAAUGACAGUGACAUGGGCCUUGGCAUGAGUGAAUCAGGAUGGCCACAAGGCUCAAGCCACUCGUCUUUAUAUGUAGAUGGGAGCAGAAUGACAGACAAAUCUGGCGUAAGCUUCAUUGGACCUUACAUCCUCUGCCGCGAGGACUCGUCAGUGCCACCUGAAACUUCGGACACAUUCUUCCCUUCCCUUUUAACUUUCGAUGAUGAUGGAAGAUACAUUUCUGAGAGCCCCAAGGAUUCUUUGCCAAUAAAAGGAGGCUAUGUUUUAUCCCCUCCCAAAAAUCCAACUUCAGAAUGCUUAACCCCAAUCGAUAAUCAAGCUAGUGAGAACGGAGAGCCCAGGAACUCAUCCCACCCUAACGAUGAUCCCCCGGCAUACACCCCAAGCCCAGCUGCGGUGUCCAGUGCCAUUUUUUCUCACCCGUCUGGAUACUGUCUGAUGCCCAACAUGGAGACUGUUGCAGCAUGGGUGUCUGCUUCUGUCCCACCACCAGAGGGCAACACAGAGAGAAAGUUGCAUGAGAUAGGGGGAGAUUCACCUGAGCGCAGCUACGUGACACUUUCUCAGCGUGGACUCUAAUACAUUCACUUUUAGUGAUAAGGCCACAAAUUAAUAUAUUGAGACCAGAAGUUAAUCUUUCGGGGCAACAAAUGAGGUAUCUUGCCCGUGCAUUGUGUAACUUGAACCUAUGACUUAAUAUGUUGUGGGUACAUCAUACUUAAUAUGUGGCCUCUAGUUAAUGAUUUGGCGGGAACGGGCAAAACAGGUAUUUGAAAAUUCACUGUAGAUGAUGUGGACUAAUGGUAUAUCCAUAAUGCAAUGCCUGGGACUCCAGUAUGUCUUUAUACAUCAUUCCAAGAUUGAAAUAAAGGUUAGGUUCCAGUGGCCACAAAGAUCUAAUUCAAUUGAAUUCUCUGUCUUACUAAUUUAAAUAGCUGUCAGAAGUAUAGUUUUUUGUGGCCACACAAUUGGCCUUGAGAAACUUGACGGUGUGACGGUGUGACUUGACGGUUCUCAUCUUAAAACAUCAGCCUUUUUACAGUAUGUGUGAACGACAUAAAAAUGCAAGUAGUAGCAAUUUUUCUGUAUCACACCAUGUUGUCCAGCAGAUGGCAUUGCUGGUGGACUUUGUGAGACCAACAUGUAACUUUUAUUCUCUCUCUGUUUCUGCAUUAUGUUGCACACUGAGUUAUGUGAUUAUUAAAACUGUAGACCCUGAGCUACAGUUACUAUACCUGCGACUAUGAAUGUAAGCUUUUAUAUAAAUUACUUAUAUUUGAGGUUGUCCUAAGUGUUUUCUGUACUUGUGCAAUGUUUAACACGAGUUCAAAUAAUUAAACAAUCUGCAUUUAAUACAAUAAUUUUACCAAUUUAUUAACUCAGAUAUUUGCCAAAUACUCCUGUUUAUAACAUGUGCUGUAAUAUGAAGGUCUCUGUUACUGCAAGCCACAAACUGUCUUGUCUGUAAAUGUACUGUAUGUGUAUGUAUACAGUGUCUAAAUAAAAAUCUUAGACACCCUGCAUUUUUUUUACGUAA